UGGAUUUGAAAUAUUCGUGCAUCACAAAAUGGAGGCCCUUGUUGCCAAUCAUCGCCAUGGUUACGUGGUGCAUGAGUCAGACCUGGUAAAUGGAUCACUAGAACCUCUGCCAGCAUACAGCACGCACAGAAUUGUGAUCAGACUACCAAAGUUUGGCGCUGAAAACGAGACGUCCUACAGUUUCGUGAUGUGGUCUUGGGAUGAACUAGACAUUCAUAGCGACCUGUCUAAUUACGUCAUGGCUAAUCUACUUGAGGAGGAAGAGGACCCGGAUGAAACCGAUCUCCCGGAUGAUAUUGAAAUACAGCCGGUUACGGACGAUGAUUUCAAGAUACCACAAGGACCGGGAGGUGACAAUGGCCUCGGGCUUUACAUUGGUAUCCCUGCUGGAAUAGUCGCAUCCGUCAUAUUGAUCAUUGGCGUUAUAUAUAUCCUGAUAUUACGAAGCAAAAGGAAAGAGAAAGGUGAAAAAUCCACAUCGAGCUUAUCUGCAGCGGAGAAUGCCAUGUGGCAAAGGGCAGUCAACAGACCGGCUUUUGUCACUAACCCAGGAUACGCCAUUAACUCUAAACCAUUGGAUCGAAAUCGAAAACCAUCAGAAUGUGAUACGCAUGAGUAUUCCACGCCUUACGACAUCGCCACGCUGUAUGAGAAAGUGGCAUAACAUCAUUGAAGCAGACAAUGGAUAUUUGCUUUUUAUUAUAAGAUAUACAUAUACUGUUU